AUGCGGUCCGAGGGGCUGCUGGUGGGUUUAGUUACCGGCGCGGCUCUCCUUUUCCUCGUGUUGGCGCUGGUGGUGAGGCAGCUGCUGAAGCAGAAGAGACCCGCUGGCUUUCCGCCUGGUCCGGCGGGGCUCCCUCUCAUCGGCAGCAUCCAUUCCCUGGCCGCGGAGCAGCCUCACGUCUACAUGAAGAGGCAAAGUCAGCUGUACGGGCAAAUCUUUAGUCUUGAUCUUGGAGGCAUAUCAACUAUUGUACUGAAUGGCUAUGAUGCAAUAAAAGAAUGCCUUGUUCAGCAAGGUGAAGUUUUUUCAGAUAGGCCUUCUCUGCCUUUGUUCAAGAAGCUGACCAAAAUGGGAGGUUUGCUGAAUGCAAGAUAUGGCAGAGGUUGGACAGAGCAUCGCAAAUUAGCAGUAACUAGCUUUCGAAAUUUUGGAUAUUGUCAAAAGUCCUUUGAAAGCAAAAUAGCAGAAGAAUCGGUUAUUUUUCUUGAUGCCAUUGAUACUUACAAAGGCAAGGCUUUUGAUCUAAAGUACUUGAUAACAAAUGCAGUUUCAAACAUUACCAACUUAAUUAUUUUUGGAGAACGAUUUACCUACGAAGACACUGAAUUUCAGCAUAUGAUGGAAAUAUUCAGUGAAAAUAUUGAAUUGGCUGCCAGCGCUUCUGUAUUUUUAUACAAUGCUUUCCCAUGGAUUGGAAACUUGCCCUUUGGAAAACAUCAACAACUUUUUAGAAAUGCGGCUGAAGUCUAUACUUUUUUACUCCACCUUAUUCAGCGCUUCUCUCGGAACCGGAAGCCUCAAGCACCUCGACAUUUUGUAGAUGUAUAUUUAGAUGAAAUGGAUAAGAAUAAAAAUGAUCCUGAAUCUGUAUUUUCAAUGGAUAAUUUAAUUUUUUCGGUUGGAGAACUUAUAAUUGCUGGAACAGAAACUACAACAAAUGUUCUAAGAUGGGCAGUCUUGUUCAUGGCUCUUUAUCCUAAUAUCCAAGGACAAGUGCAUAAAGAAAUUGACUUAGUCAUUGGUCCCAACAAAACAGCAUGUCUAGAGGAUAAGUGUAAAAUGCCAUAUACGGAAGCAGUGCUACAUGAAAUUUUAAGGUUCUGUAAUAUAGUUCCAUUGGGUAUUUUUCAUGCAACUUCUAAGGAUACAGUUGUCCGUGGUUACUCUAUCCCUCAAGGCACUACUGUAAUCACAAAUCUCUAUUCUGUACAUUUUGAUGAAAAAUACUGGAAUAACCCUGAAAUGUUUUGUCCUGAAAGAUUUUUGGACAACUCAGGACAGUUUGUCAAGAAAGAAGCAUUUAUUCCUUUUUCACUAGGACGAAGACACUGUUUAGGAGAGCAGCUGGCCAGAAUGGAAAUGUUUUUAUUUUUUACAGCAUUACUUCAAAGAUUUCAUCUACAUUUUCCUAGUGCUUUGGUUCCAAACCUUAAGCCAAAAUUUGGCAUGACACUGCAACCUCAUCCAUAUCUCAUUUGUGCAGAGAGACGAUAUUAAAUAUUACCAUGAUGGCCAGAGAGGCAUGGGGAAAUGAUGUUACAUACAUAUUCCUUUCUUUUGCCUGGAAUGAACUGAUUUCUGACCUAUUCUUAAGAAAACGUCAUGAACAAGCUUUCUGAGAAGCUAAAUAGAAAAAAACGAGUUAAAAAAAAUUUGGAGUGAGAAAUGGAGUAAAGUCUAAUUUAAUCUAGUUUGAUCUAAUUUAACUAUUCAAAUCAGAUAAGGGGUUAUUUCUACUACCUUUCAUGGAAAGUUGGAACCCAUUGGAAAUCCUGAGUAACCCAAACAUGACGAGAUGAGCUAAAUUUACUUUAUUGUAAGGCUGCAUUAACAGAAUCUUGCAAGUCUGAAGAUACAAAUUUCCUGCUGCCACUUUUAAUCAUCUAAUCAAUUAGGGUGCAUUCUUCCUACAUUUCUUUCUCUUACCAUUAAGCUCCUGGAGGCCCCACCCUCUCUUGUCUGAUUGUUUCUUAGGCAGCAUCUCUUUCAUUUUUGCCCCUCAAGAUCAUCCACACAUUCCAUUACAAAAACUGAAAACAUCUAAUACCUUUCUAAACCUUCCAGUCUUGUCAUAUUGUUACUUCAUCACCCAAAGAUCAGCUAAUUUGGCUGCUCUCAGAGUGGUGGUGCCAAACAAACCAGUUCAGCCAAACAAACCAGUUCAAAUUAUUUCAGACUACAUAGACUGUUGAACUGUUACUUUGAGAAGCUUCAGGCAUACUAGAUCUGUAGACUCUGAUUCUGAACUACCUUGAUGGAAUAAGUAAGUGGAUAUAAAGUAUUGAAGUUAUCCAAGCAUAUGUUGAUGCUCUCUGAGCUUGGUGUUUUCUUCCAGACCUUUCAUUACUCCAACUAGGUAACAUCAACAGCUGGUAGGGAAAGGGGUUUGCUCUCAUAUUCUAGUGCCCUGUCAGCAUUAUUGGGAAUAGUCUGGGUAGUUCUUUGAUUGACCUGUUUACUGUUAGCUUGUUUGGCAGCUCCUUGACUGAGGUAUUACCAAGCUAACAGUAAACAGGCCAAUCAAAGAGCCAUCAAGACCACCUCCACUAACACUGACAGGAUAACCCAAAGGUUCUUUUUCAAGAGGCAACUGGACUUCCUUUGUUUUUCCUUCUUCAGUUCUUCAGCUUCUUGAAUGAGAAGUGAAACAUCUUCAAGGAAAAACAAGGAAAGUCCAGUUGCCUCUUGAAAAAGGAUCUUGGAUAACCCUGACCUGAAUGAUUGAGAAUCUUCAUAAACAAUGACAGGGGAAGCCACUAGAAUAUAAAUUGAGAGCAAAGCCCACUCCUUACUAGCACUGAUGAUAUUACCUACUGUGUUUCCCCGAAAAUAAGACCCUGUCUUAUAUUUUUUUGAAACCCGGAAUAAGUGCUUGGCCUUAUUUUCGGGGAGGUCUUAUUAUUUUGGGGUGCGUGGAGCAAGAUGGGGCUCCUUUUGCUGUCUUACCUGAUUUCCAGCUCUGUUUAAAUAUUUGUGGAGACGACUUAUUUUCGGGGGGAGGCUUAUUGUAGUGCAUGCACUCAAAAGCCCGACUGGGCUUAUUAUCAGGGGAUGUCUUAUUUUCAGGGAAACAGGGUAGUUUGGAUAAUGAAACAUCUGCGAGAAAACAACAAGCUCAUGGACCCUUCAUGUCAACCCUGAGCUACAAAUAUUCUCUUGGUAUCAUAUCUUGUAUGCCUAUCUUUUUUUUUUUUUUCAUUUAUACUCUCCUAUUAAAAAUACUACCAUACUAGAUAACUGUUAAAAAUAGGAUGGCAAUAAUGUUCGGAAUUUUACAGCUUGGACCUCUUUCAUAAAUAAAAGAAAGAUGUAUUUUAUAUGGGGUAUUUAUUAAAUACAUAGAAAAGAAUAUUAGAAGGAAGAGUAAUCUCUUAUGAGAUAUUUUAAAUAUAUCACUAUUAAUAUAUUUAAACCCCUUUUUGUAAAAUAAAUGAAGCAAUAAAUUGUAGAAAAAAUCUUACGCCUACAAAUUUAAUGACUGGCUGAAAUACCAUUAAAGCAUGUGUGUAUGGUUUUAUUAUUGCUUGUGUUUUACCAAGAAAGAAAAAAAAAGUAAAAGAAGAAAAUUUGGGGAAAAGUGUUAAAUUUUUAGUAUAUGUGCAAGACAGCCUAUAUCUAUAUUAUAUGAAGUAUUAGAUUCAAUUUUCUCGGUUCACCUGAUACGUAAUAUUCAUUUAUAAUAUAAAGCAAAGAUACUGGAACUGAGGGAAAGAAAUGCUGGUUUUUCAGUUGAAACAGUUAUGCUGUAGUAUCAUUUCUACUAGUUGCUCUUUCCCUGAAAUGAGAAAAUGGCACUUCUAACUUGCCAAGGGUUUUUUCCCAAAAAAGAAGAAGCAAACAAGAGCUUCCAGUGACAAAACAUGCCUUCUUUCUUACCCCAUUUCUUCAUAAUAUUGUCUUGCAUGAACACUCUCUUCCAACAGCCCACCAGGCAUCUCUCUUUUAGAAAAUGGGAGAAAAUUAUUCCCCUCCCCACAAACAAUCAAAUAAAAUGAGCUGACUGCACAUUAGAAGUUUGACUUGGUGCCAGGUUUUUGUUUUUAAUGUAUUUAGUUUUAAUAUGGUUAUAACGCUGUCUUAACUUUUGAUGGGUAGCCACCCAGGGUUUUAAAUGCUGUAAAUAAACAAAAUAAAAUUAUAAUGGAAUGGGUCCAUGAAGAAUGUA